UUGUUCGAAAGUACUCAACGAAGUCAUUUGCUUAUUAUUAGUUGUAAGAAAAGAAAUUAAUUAAGGAUAGAACAAAGUGAAGACGAAUAAUGUCGGAAGAAAAAGAACCGGUUCAAACGAAGGCUUAUAAUAUUCGCCAGAAUGAUAAAGUGGGAAAAUACAUGGUUGCAAGUAGAGAAUUGAAACCUGGUGAAGAAAUUGUGACGGAGAUGCCAUUCAUUGUUGGACCAAAGGCUUUCACUUAUCCUUUGUGUCUGUCUUGUUAUGCACCAUGGCCACCUACCCUUAAAGAUAAGCCACUUUGUUCGAAAUGCAGUUGGCCAGUUUGUGGUCCAGAAUGUGAAAAUCAACCACAACAUAAAGACUACGAGUGCCCGGUAUUUGUACAAGCGAAAGAAAAAUUUAAUGUAUCCGCGGCUUUGGAACAAAAUAACGAAAAUGGUGUUCCCCAAUUGGAAUGUAUCACCCCUUUGAGAUUAUUAUUAGAAUCUUUAAAAAAUCCAGAGAAAUGGGAAAAGGAAGUGAAAAGUAUGGAAGCCCAUAAUAAAAUAAGAAUUCAAAAACCUCAUUGGAAAUCGGAUCAAGUGAAUGUCGUUGAAUAUUUAAGGAAACAACUCAAAUUGGACAAAUUCUCCGAAGAAGAAAUACAAACAGCUUGUGGUAUCUUGGAAAUUAAUACUUUUGAAAUAAGAACUUCGAAAGGAUUCAGUGCUAGAGCACUUUAUCCAACAGUUGCAAUGAUGAAUCAUUCUUGCGUUUCAAACACAUGUCAUAGUAUAUCUCCCUCAGAUUAUAGGAUAUACUUACGUACUACUAUCAGGGUACCCGAGGGCGGUGAACUUUACGGAAGUUACACGCAUUCUCUUUUCCCAACAAUGUUAAGAAGGGAACACCUUUUCGAAGGGAAACACUUUGCGUGUGCUUGCCCACGUUGUUCAGAUCCAACCGAGCUGGGAACGCACAUGUCUUCAUUGAAAUGUAAUAAAUGUGAUAAUGGGAUAGUCUUACCAUUGGAUUCUUUAGACGAGAAGAGUAUAUGGAAAUGUACUCAUUGCGAGUUCACAACUCCUAGCACGGCAGUUAAAAAAGUAUUUCAAUUAAUAUAUGCUGAUGUCGAAGCUGUCGAAACCAUUAGCGGUGCUGAUGGGUCUGAUGCCAUUCACGAGAGAGAAACUGUUAUGAAAAAAUAUCGUUCGGUUUUACAUCCACGACAUGCUUUCCUUACUAUGUUAAGACAUUCGCUGACUCAAAUGUACGGACGAGUUGAUGAAUAUUUAUUGGACGAUUUGCCACUGGUAGUAUUAGAACACAAAGUCGACAUGUGUAGAUUGUUACUUCAAGUAUUAGACGUCAUAGAACCCGGUUAUUCGCGAAUAAGAGGGAUGACGUUAUACGAAUUACACGCGCCUCUCCUCUUCUUGGCAAAGGAUCAAUGGAAUGCCGGUACUAUCGAUCAAGCUGGAUUGAAAUCAAAAAUGAUAGAAGCUUUGAUAAUACUGAAGGAAGCUGCAACUAUCUUAACUUUCGAACCUACGGAUACACCUGAAGGUCAAAUAGGAAUUGUUGCUAAACAAUCAUUGGAACAACUCGAACAAUCUAUUCAAGAAUUAUAAUUUAUUUUAAUUUAUAAAUGUAUUUAUGUAUUAUAAUUUUUCUCUACAUGCGCAUAGAUAUAAACAAUAAAGUAUUUUAAUGA